AAUGGCCCCAAAUCCCCCAAUGGCUCCUCUCCCUUGAAACUUAACGCAAAUUCAGCCGCUCUCCUAUUCACCAUCGACAAUCAACAAAGGGAGAAGACUUCUCUCCAAAUAAUCAACCUGUAGGUCAAGUGACAUCUCAACUGGAAAAUCUCAAAGAUGAUUUUUAAUUCUGCAUCUGCCACAGCGGCCAGCCUGAAUCAUCUUCUUCUGCGAUCCCUGACCUGAUUUGUGUGAAAAAUGCAUGGAAUACCACGAGGAGCUCUAAGCCAAGACAAACAAGAAGCUUUGGCGAGUAAAUCAGCUAAACUUCGGUCUCUCCAAAAUCAGUUCCACCACUUUCAUCACAAUAAAAUUUAUGAUAAAGAAGCGCUCGAAGUUAGCACGAAGCUGCUUGAGCUCAAUCCGGAACAUUACACAGCUUGGAAUUACCGAAAGCUUGCCGUACAUCACCGUCUUAAUCAAUCCGAGUCUGAGAACAAUGAGGAUUCUAUAAAAUCCAUUCUUGAUGAAGAACUCAGACUAGUGGAGAAUGCGUUGAGGAACAAUUACAAGUCUUAUGGAGCAUGGUAUCACCGUAAGUGGGUUCUAAGCAAAGGGCAUUCUUCCACAGACAGGGAGUUACAGCUGCUCGAUAAGUUCCAGAAAGCAGAUUCUCGGAAUUUCCAUGCUUGGAAUUACAGGAGGUUUAUUACUUCAUUGAAGAACAUUUCAGAUAAGGAUGAGCUAGAAUAUACAACAGACAUGAUAUGCAAUAAUUUUAGCAACUAUUCUGCUUGGCACAACCGUAGGUAAACUUUAUUUCUUAUGUCAAAGUAUAUGGCUAAAUAUCGAAUUGUCGACUGCUUGAAUUUGACAUAUUUUUUCUGAUUUUAAAUAAUGUUUACUUAACAAAUCUUAAUUUUUUCCAGGGAAUAAAUCUUAAUCAAUAAG